AUGGCCGGCGAAGGCGUCAACCCCUUUCUGCCAUUCGAGAUUAUCAUCUGCAUUCUCAAAAGGCUUCCUGUGAAGUCCAUCGUUCGAUUUCAAUCUGUCUGUAAGGAAUGGAAGAAUCUCUUCAAAACGCCAUCUUUCAUCGCUGAAUACCUCCACCACCCUGAUCACAAAAACCCUUUUCUUCUCCUCCAUGAAUUCGAUUCGGAGCGUAUGCGUUGUUCCUUACGUUUGGUUAAUCAUAAGUUGGAUGACGUUGAAGUUCUGAGCAUUCCCUCGAUCGAUUCCUUCAGACGUUAUUGGAGAAUCAUUGGUUCCUGCAAUGGUCUGCUUUGUGUCCAAGUCAGUGAUGAUGGAGGCAUGUCUCAUUGUUCGCUUUGGCUGUGGAACCCAGUGAUUAGAGAGGUCAGAGAAGUGCCCAACACACUGAAUGACUAUAAGCGCUCUUGCAGGUUAGGAUUUGUAUCCUGUAGCGCCGUCAGUGAUUAA